AUGAAACAAGUAAUUGACGAGAUACGUGAACACGAAGUUAAAUUAAUUCGGAAAGCUGCCUUGCUUCGUACUUGUUCUGAUGUUCUUAAUUUGACUUCUCCUUACUUUGUAUCAAUAAUAACUUUUGCUCUCUAUAUUUUCUCUGAUUCAAUCCACAAUAUUCUAACCCCAGAAGUUGCUUUUGUAUCUUUAACUUUAUUUUCUCAAUUACGCAUUCCGAUGAUGGUUUUGGCCGAAUUAAUUGGACAAUUAGUACAAACGGCUGUUUCAAAUCGAAGACUAAAACAUUUUUUGGUAGCUGGUGAAAUUGAUCCUGAAGCUGUUGAAAGGGAUUUGGAUCCACAAUAUGAAAGAGCAAUAGAUGUUGAAUUUGCCUCUUUUGAUUGGAAAACAAAAACAAAAAAAUUAGUAAAAACACAUUCUCACCUCCCUCCCGGUCACCAACAUUUAAUACGUGGAUCAACAACAAAUAUUUGUAUUCCCUACUCUUUAAAUAACCUCGAACUUCAUUUACGUCGAGGUUUGUUGGUUGCUGUUGUUGGAAGAGUUGGGGCUGGGAAAACUUCCCUUUUACAUGCUUUACUGGGAGAAAUGAAUAAAGUUUACGGAUUUGUGGGCCUUCGUGGGCGUGCGGCUUAUGUGCCGCAACAGCCGUGGGUAUUAAAUAGAACAGUUCGUGAGAAUAUUCUCUUCUCUAAUCUGGAUGAUGGUGAAAAACCAAAUGAAGAAUUAUAUGCCCGUGUAGUUGAUGCGUGUGCUCUUAAAUCAGACUUUGCUGUUUUACCUGAAGGUGAUCAAACUGAAAUUGGUGAACGUGGAAUUAAUCUUUCGGGAGGGCAAAAAGCUAGGGUAAAUCUAGCUAGAGCUUUAUACCACCAAGCAGAUAUUUAUUUACUUGAUGACGUUCUCUCUGCUGUUGAUGCUAUAGUAGGAAGACAUUUAUUCGACUUAGCAAUAGGCCCUGAAAGUUUGACUAAAGGAAGUACAAGAGUAUUAGUUACACAUUCUUUGGCUUAUUUGGCUGAGACUGAUUGGAUUGUUGUGAUGGAAGAUGGACAAAUACUUGGGCAGGGCACAUAUGAGGAAUUAUUAAAUGAGCCUAAAACAGCACAAUUAAUUGCACAUUUGGAAGAGAAGGAAAAGGAAAAUGAAAAAGAAGAUGAAAAUAAAGGCAAAAAAAUAUUUUUUUUCAAGAAUAUUUUAAAAUUUUUAGAAGAACAAACUGAAAAUAAUGAAAGCGAUUCUGAUGAUUCGAGUACUUGGAAAGGAGAAGAAACCCCUUCUUCUCCUCUUCCACGUUAUACAGAUGAUGUGACUGACGGUAGUUUAGCUAUGAGUUUAAUGAGUGUUCAUUCUGCUGGUUCUUUUACUAAUACUUUGAGAAGACGUACACAAAGUAGUCGAAGCUCUUUGAAGAAAUCAAGAAUUUCAAUUAAUGAGAGAAAACCAACAAAAACAAUAGUAGAAAACAAAGUUGGAGGUAAACUUAUCGAGAAAGAGGAAGCGGAAGCGGGAAGAGUUAGCCCUUCAAUUUAUUUAGCCUAUUUUGCAGCAAUGAGAUGGCCAAUAUUUAUUGGAUUUAUUUUCUUUCUUUUUAGUCAAUUUGUACUUAAUAUUGUGCAAAGUUUGUGGUUAACUAGUUGGUCAGAUGAUAAUUCUAAUAUAACUUUAAAAGAACCAAAAAUGUCUGUUGGUGUUCGUUUCUUUAUUUAUGUACUUGUAGGACUUGGAAUUGUUCUUUCACUUGGAUUGUCAAAUAUUUUACAAAUCAUCGGUGCUGUAUCAGCCAGUAUUCGUUUACAUGGACCUCUACUAGACAGAGUUUUGCAUGCUCCAAUAUCAUUUUUUGAUACAACGCCUUUAGGGAGAAUAUUAAAUAGAUUUGGAAAGGAAUUUGAUGUUGUCGAUCUUCGUUUAGCCAGUACAUUUAGAAUGCUUGGAUUUAGUUUAUUAAUGGUACUUCAAGUAUUUAUUCUUAUUUCGUUAUCAAUGCCUAUUUUUAUUGUUUUAAUUGUUCCGACAGUUUUGUUUUAUUUAUUAAUUUUGCAUUAUUUUAUCCCAACAUCCCGACAACUUCAACGAUUAACAUCUGUCACUCGUUCACCUUUAUACAAUUUAUUUGCUGAAACAAUUAACGGAACAACCUCAAUACGUGCUUAUGGAGUUGUCCAAACUUUUUUUAAUCAUUUUUGUUCUAAAUUGGAUAUUCAAGUUGGAUGCAGAUAUUUUUCACUAAUUGCCAAUCGUUGGUUAUCUGUUCGACUUGAACUUAUUGGAAAUUUGUUAAUUCUUUUUUGUUCUGUAAUGGCUGUAUUUUCUCGUGAUUGGGGGACUGCUACAGCUGGACUUAUUGGAUUAGCUAUUUCUAAAAGUUUAGAUAUAACUGUAAUUCUUGGAUUUUUGGUUAGAAAUAUUAAUGAUGCAGAAAUGAGUAUUGUUUCGGUGGAAAGAAUUUUGGAAUAUAGAGAUUGUCCUCAGGAGGCAUCCUGGAAAAGUUCUAAAGGCAGAGAACCCCCAUCAGAUUGGCCUAGUCGUGGAGCUGUUCAUUUCCAAAAAUAUUCGUGUAGAUACAGACCUGAAUUGGAUCUUUCUUUACGUGGAAUUACUGCAGAGAUUAGACCUGGAGAAAAAACUUCUUUUGCUUUAGCACUUUUUCGGAUAAUUGAAGCAGCUGAAGGGCGUAUUUUAAUUGAUGGAGUAAAUAUUGCUAAAGUUGGUCUUCAAGAGCUUAGAUCGAGAAUAACGAUAAUUCCACAAGAUCCAGUUCUCUUUUCUGGCACCUUACGUUUUAAUUUGGAUCCAUUUAAUGUUUAUAAAGACCACGAAUUAUGGACAGCUUUAGAACAAGUCCAUUUAAAACAAUUUGUUGAAGCACAACCAAAAAAAUUAUUUUAUGAAAUUGCUGAAAGUGGAGAAAAUAUUAGUGUUGGUCAAAGACAAUUACUUUGUAUGGCACGUGCAAUACUUCGACGUAGUCCUCUUAUAGUUUUGGAUGAAGCUACAGCUUCUAUUGAUUCUCAAACUGAUGAACUUAUACAAAGGGCGAUAAGGACUGAAUUUAGUCGAUCUACAAUUUUAACAAUUGCCCAUCGUAUAAGCACAGUUAUGGACUAUGAUCGUAUUAUGGUACUUUCAGCAGGAAAAUUAGUAGAAUUUGACACCCCCGAAAAAUUGGCGGCAGAGAAAACCUCUCAUUUUCAUGCUUUAGUUAAGAAUAGUAGUAAUGUGGAAAAAUAA